GGAGGAGCGCGCGGCGGCGGCGGCGGCAGGAGCGGGUCGGUGGCUGCGGUGGCCGCGGCGAGCUGUUGGGGCACGGGGCUCCCUUGGCCGCGGGUGGCAGGACUCUGUGGGCACUGAAAUCCAACUCACCCAUGCUGAUUUCCUGUUAUGGACGAGCUUGAUGCUAAUGUGAGUUCCGAGGAGGGCUUCGGGUCUGUGGAGAAGGUGGUGCUGCUCACGUUUCUCUCGGCGGUUAUCCUGAUGGCCAUCUUGGGGAACUUGCUGGUGAUGGUGGCCGUGUGCAGGGACAGGCAGCUCAGGAAAAUAAAGACCAAUUAUUUUAUUGUAUCCCUUGCCUUCGCGGAUCUGCUGGUAUCGGUGCUGGUGAUGCCCUUUGGUGCCAUCGAGCUGGUUCAGGACAUGUGGAUUUAUGGAGAGAUGUUUUGCCUGGUGCGGACCUCUCUGGAUGUCCUGCUCACGACAGCGUCCAUCUUCCACCUCUGCUGCAUCUCCCUGGAUAGGUACUAUGCUAUCUGCUGCCAGCCCUUGGUCUAUAGAAACAAGAUGACUCCUCUGCGUAUUGCCUUGAUGCUGGGAGGCUGCUGGGUCAUUCCCAUGUUUAUCUCUUUUCUGCCAAUCAUGCAAGGCUGGAAUAACAUUGGCAUCAUUGAUAUGAUAGAAAAGAGGAAGUUCAACCAGAACUCUAACUCCACAUAUUGUAUCUUCAUGGUCAACAAGCCCUAUGCCAUCACCUGCUCUGUGGUAGCUUUCUACAUACCGUUUCUCCUUAUGGUGCUGGCCUAUUAUCGCAUCUAUGUCACAGCAAAGGAGCAUGCCCGCCAGAUCCAGAUGUUACAACGGGCAGGAGCCCCCUCAGAGGGCAGGCCCCAGACAGCAGACCCUCAUAGUACUCAUCGUAUGCGGACAGAAACCAAAGCAGCUAAGACCCUGUGCAUCAUCAUGGGUUGCUUCUGCCUCUGCUGGGCUCCGUUCUUCAUCACCAACAUCGUGGAUCCAUUCAUAGGCUACACUGUCCCUGGACAGGUGUGGACUGCUUUCCUCUGGCUUGGCUACAUCAAUUCUGGAUUAAACCCCUUUCUCUACGCCUUCUUGAAUAAGUCCUUUAGACGUGCCUUCCUCAUCAUUCUCUGCUGUGAUGAUGACCGCUAUCGAAGACCUUCCAUUCUGGGCCAGACUGUUCCCUGUUCAACCACAACUAUUAAUGGAUCCACACAUGUGCUAAGUGGCUGUUCCUCUGUCUCCAGCUUCCUCCUACUGUUCUGCAAUAGACCAGUUCCUGUCUAACUCUGAACGUGCUCUGUACACAGUUCUGCACAGUGGACAUCACCAGGAGCUUGAGAAGCUGCCCAUCCACAAUGACCCCGAGUCCCUGGAAUCGUGCUUCUGACUGAAGACAUGACUGAUGUCUAAAUUGAUCCAUUAACCCCCAUCCAUGGCUGCAUGAGAAAGACUCCCUGGCAUCUUCCCUGACCCUCCUGACCUCCAGUGAGGACCAAGGCAGUGGAGCCAAGGGCUCUAUGAACGUCCAUGGCGCACAGCACCGAGAAGGACCCAGUCCAGAGCGUGGAGGAGCGCAGAGUUGAGAAGGGAUUUCAGGCAUUGUCAGAUCCAGCCUCCCCACCAACCCUCUCUAGAACCCCUGGGGAUUGGUCAGUGCCUGCCUCGUACUUCGAAGGGUAGAUAGAUGCUCACUACCUCCUGAUGCAUUUCCUUCCAACGCAGGAAGCUGUGUUCAGAAGGAAGUGCUUUCCUUGGUUGGAAUACAAAUAUGUCACUGAUCAGCUUCCAUGUGGGGCUAUGCAAUUGACCCCACAGCCCCUUGAAACUCCUUCGCUGUUGGAAGACAGUGAUCAAUACCAGCGACCUACCCAUUUAAGUCUUCAUUUUAAAUCAAACAGCUCUGUUCCCUCUUGAUUCUGGCCAUCUUCUGGAGAUACUUUGGAGGGUGAAUUAGUUAAGGCUCUUUGUAAUUAGUGAAGGUUAGCGUAUGUAAUAUGUUGUAACUGUCCAGAGGUCUGACUUCCAUUACCAAAGUGGGUGACAAGUGAACAAGUGAAGCCUGAAGAUUUUUGGUUUGUAGCCACACACAUACACACAUAUGUGUUUGGAAGAUAUAUAUACCUUCCCUUCUCCCUGGGAGGUAGACUUUUGAAUCUGGUUGGAGUUUGGUUUGGGAUAAGUUAUCAAAAAGCAUCUUUAUAACUGAUCUGGCAUGCAUGCAUGCAUGCACACACAUGUGUAAAAAGAACAUUUCUCAUUGACACACUGACCCUAUGAUCAUUUGGAAGAAGUCUUCAUAGAAAAAGAACCUGCUGUGUUGCUGAGAAUGUUGCAAGGAUGGUCUCAGAACUCAUAUUUUGGGAAGCAAAGUGAAUUGACUCCCAGGGGACACAUUGUAGGGGCUUCCCUGGCACUGUGCCAAGGCAGGUCUGGUUGCAGGCAGGAUAUUUCUCCCCCUUUGGCAAAAAUUUUAUCAGAGUCCAUUGCUUGAGAAAUGGCAUUUGCCUCUUGCCUGAGCAGGAACUGGAAUUGCCACUUUCUUGUAUCUUUCACUAGCACUUUAUAUUUCCAAACUUCCCAAGUGAUGAUCCCCUCCCAUCUGCCUACUUUAUGUUGGAAGGCAUUUCCCAUUGCCAAGGGGAGACUCUGAGGCUUCCCCCUGCCACCCCAAUCAGUGGCCUUUAUUUAGGCUGUUGAUCAAAAACCCUCUAGAAAUGAUUUGGUUUCUGCUUUGAGGCAGCUAGAUACGCUUUGUUUCAUGCCCCCGUGAUCACUUAUUUACUACCUAUGUGCACAUACACACGUCGAUAAAUGUAGCAGGCUUGCUUCCCUUAUGGAGUGCUUCUCUUCCCCGCUGGCAUAUCUCCUUAUGUAAAGUAAUAUUUCUCAGUGACAUCCCCUAUUCAAUGACAAUGUGGAUCUCAUAGGGAUUCACCGAUUACAACCAAGGUAGAGAAAGGAAGCUCUUGUUAACGCUGCCUACCUUUCUGGAUCACCGGAAGUGCUUCUGUAGACUAGCUCGAGAUGAGUGUCCGUGAGGACCCAGACACGCCCGGCCAGAGCAAGGGCCUGAUGGCAGCAAAAAGAGCACCACACGGUCAAGAAGAUGCCUUCUCUUCAGAUCCACUUCAUCUAGAAGUUUUGCUACCUGAGCAGAUCAGGCUAGGGGGCCCCAAAGACCACGUUGGAGGUUCAUAGCACAGACCAAUCCUGCUCUAGCUUCAGUUUACACAAUCAGACUAGUUGGACCCAACUCAAAUCUCUGGCUUUCAAAAUCCGGGUAGUUUAAACUUCUGGGGAUGGAAGACUGAGAAGAAAAGACUUGGGGUUUGUCCUAAGAAGAAGACCUCUAUCUUACCCUCUUUCCUACGGGGCCCCAAUCUCUUUGGAGGGCUGUAGGAGCCAGAUGAGUCACUCCUGAGGAAGAGGGAUCAUGCUUCUAGUCAUGUUGUCCAGGGUGGCUUAGCAAUUAAUUACUUGGAUGGUGGAAGCGGCCACCAUAAGAUCCCACACCUGGGACAGAGGCUCAUCUGGGCGUCUUCUUAGGCAGAUUCUCCAAAUCAAAGGGAUUACAAGAAGAAUCACGAAAAUCCCCCGUAUGGUUCCUAAGCAUUAACUUGAAAAUGAAGGAGAUGAAGACCAGUUCUUGAGUUGACGACCAAGUCUGGGCAAACGUUCUGAGUUCCCACCUUGUUUUCUCACCAACAUUUCUGCAUCCUGCUGCUGCCCAGCUCUGUCCUGGAGCAAGUAGUUGUCUAGCUGGGAAUGGAGGUGGGUGGGCUUUGUGGGGGUCUCAGGGGUUCUAGGAAAAGGCUAUAGCUAAGUUGCUUUGAAUAUUGUCUUCAAGUAAGAACAAAGUACUUUCUCUUCAGUGCUGUGCUGUUUAGUUAUUCUCUCUGUUUGGUGUAUCUUUGACGAUGUUUCUCCUCUUGUCACUUCCCCUGUGUGCUCUGGUGAAAAUAUUUCUGUAAAAGCCACUCUGACUGGGAGAAAAAAAGUCUGGUGUAUAUUACUUCUUUUUGCCAUAAUUUUCAAGCUCUUAACCAUCCAGUCUAGAAAAUUGAGGCCAAAUACUUUAUUCAAAUUUAAACAGACCUGGAAAUUUUCUAAAGGCAUGGCAUCCCCCGGGUCCUCAGCCAGCCUUGCCUAAUUCUCUCAUCUACAGGAAGAGAACCUAUUGGAGCCAAGAGGAUUGUUGUGAAUGUUCCAAGGGCCGCCGUGAGAACUUUUACCAAAUUUAUGACUUGAACAUUUCACUAUGUACUUAAUUUUUUUUAAGUCAGUUCAAAUUUCCACUUAUAUAAAUACUAAAAACACAUCAAAACCCAAAAUAGAAAAUCAAUAUUCCUUGCCAUAAAUAGAAAGUGGCCAUAGAGUUACAUAACUGGAAACCAAACAUGGUCAGUAAGGAGUCAACACUUCCAGCUUCCAUGGUUAAAACGGAGACAGUGAGAGUAAGAGAAGGGACUCUAGGGAGGGGUGAGAGAAAAUUUAAGCUUUCUGGAUUCAUGUGAAUUAAUGACAACUUGUCUUUGUUGUUGGAAGGAGAAAGAACACAAAACUCAUUUAUUUAUUUAUUUAUUUAGUGAUUUAUUUAUUUAUUUAGUGAUUUAUUUAUUUAAUGUGUGUCAGGGACAAGACCCAAGACCUCUACCAUAGAGCCACAUCCCUGACCCUACUUUAACUCCCAGUGAGCUUGAUUUGGAUCAGGUUCUCCUUUAUCUUUGACUUUGAUUUUCAGCUCUCUCCAAGACAUAGGUUAGUUACUAUAUCACAAUGACAGUAAUAAUGUGACAAUAAUAGGAAAAGCUGACAUUCAGUGAGCCCUUUCUGAGAGGCACUAUGGGAACUUUCUUACAUGGAUUACCUAACCUCAUUAUCUUAACAUUCUUGUAAGCACGGAAAUCGCAGAGGGGCACACCUGAACUGGUGAUGAGAUCAAGGUAACAGACUUGGUAAGUGUGGAUUUGGAGUGCAAAAGAAAGCAAUCAAAUUCCAAAGCCCGUAGUGUGAAACCUGUAGGACUGCCCUGAUGGGUCCGACUGAAUUCAUCGUGCAUGUCUGUACUAAACCCUAUCGUGGGAGGAGCAGUGAGCAAGCUCUUCGGUUCUGUCACCUAAGAAUUUCCCUCCUGCCUCCACUUGGGACCUGGAGAGCCACUGGGACUUUCCUUUUUCAAUCUAAAUUUCUGCUUUGCUGCUCACCUGUGCAGUUGUUUUCCUCUAUUCCCUCUGCUUUCUGAGCCUCGAUUUCCAUGUGGAAACAAUGGAGGGAAUCAGCUAGGCAGGAGUGACUGUUGCACAUGGAUCUGUUCUUCCAGCCCUUCUGGCAUCCCCAAGUAACCAGCAGCAGUCUGGAAACCAGGUGUGUGAACGAAAAGGCAGCUGUCAUCCUUUCCGUUCCCAGCCAUCUCUGCUUGGAUACAGCUCAAAGCAGGAGCUCUCCCAGUAGAAGUCAACUUGCCUUCACCCUCAUUUUUUAUUGAAACCCCCAAACAUCCCUGAGGGAUUCCAUUACACAUGCAACAAUUUUUCUGUUCUUUUAAAAGCUGAAUCAGCUGUGUCAGGAGGGAGAUAUUUGGCUUUAUUUUACAGAAAGGAAACAGACUUGGUCAUGGAAAGGGUUCCUCCAGGGCACCAAGGCAAAUGAGAGCUGAACACAGUACUGGCCUCUCCAUGCUAAUAAAGUUUUUGCUCCCCCUUUUACAAUAUAUUUUACUUGUAAAUAAACAAAUGGCAUAGUUUUAAGCUACCUAUGAAUUAUGUUGUACACUCAAUAUAUCAAUUUCCAUUAAAGUCCUAUUGAUAUGACAAAUACCCCUUUGUACUGUAACUCAAUUCCUCUCCCCUUCCCAAAAGCCAUUGUUAGCUCAUCUGAUUUAUUUACAGUCCAUAGGAAUGUACAUCUAAAAAUAAAUGGUGGUUCUGUUUUUAUGUAUAAAUGCUAGUUCCAUGAAGUAACUGUAAUUUGUCUUUUUUGCUGAUACCCGAAAGCAUCACUCCCUACCUGCAUGUGGAAUCCUUGGUAGCUGCUGUGCAUUUCCUACUGUUGACGCGGGUCUGCAGAGUCACCGUUUUCCUGCUCAGGCUGCCGCUCAUGCCUCCUCAGAGAUCUCAGGCCUGCAUCAGAGCGGCAGCCUCCAUGGCCUGUGCCUGCAUCAACUGUGCGAAGGUCAGCUGGAGAGGGUUCAGGUUCAAAUAGCAAUGCAGCUGUGACUUGACCGUUUCCUGGGAGGAGGGCCUCUCAACCCCCAUGUGCACACCCUCUCUGAAGCAUUGCCAUCUCCUCCCUCACUUCGUAGAGAUGAGAAAUUUUGCUCAAGUUGUCCUGGCCUGGAAUUCAGACUGAUAGCAUUUUGCUUAAACCACUGUCUAGCCGUGUGUGUGUGUGUGUGUGUGUGUGUGUGUGUGUGUGUGUGUGUGUGUGUUGGGGAAGUUAUUUCUAGUAGCCUCAUGGUCCUUCUCUGCUUCCUAGCAUCCUGGGAUGUGAUAUAAGGUUAGAGAGAUUAUUCCUCAACACUCCUUCUCUUCACAAGGGGGGUUGAAGUGGAAGAAAUCGAGUAGAGGACAACUAUGCAAUUAGUGAGUGCCAUGCUCAAUACCACAGGACGGGAAGUUUCUCCUCUUCUUGAAAGAAGCUCUUUUAAUGCUUCUUGCAAAACUAGCUUUAAGGUUAUGAAUUCCCUAAGCGGUUGCCUCUACAUUUCAUGAAGCUCUGUAUAGUUUCUUGAAACCUGAGUGGUAACCGAGGUCAAUGGAGUAUUCUUGGUGAAGUGUUCAUUUCGUCGUUUUUGUACUAUAUCCUUCCAUAGGCUUCUGGCUCAUAGAGUCUCACUUGAUAGGUCUGCUGUGUAUCUAAUAGACUUUGCUUUGUACGUAAGUUCCUUUUUGGAUCUUGCUGCAUUUAAUAUUCUAUGAUAUGGGCUGUGAGCUAUGAUGUGGCCCCUCUGCUUGCUGCUCCGCCACCCCAGGGGAAGCUGUUUUCAGGCUGACAUCACUGGGCUGUUCCAGAGAGGGAGGCAGAGCCCCUCCCUCCCAGGUGGGCCCCAGCAGCCUCCAACACCAUCCUACACCAUAGGAAGGACCCACAGCACAGCUCCUGCUUGACCUUUAAAGUCAACUUUGAAGCUGAGGGACUGAGGCUCACAGGGGUUGUACAUAUGGCUAGGUAAUCCAGCCGUUCUCCGAGGGAGUCAGAAUCUGAGUCCAGGUCUUCUCUUACAACUCUUUAAUCACUGUGAUAGAAUCUCUUGUUUCUACAGGGCAAAAAUCCGGGACCAUUAUGUGACACAGUUAUCAAACACUGAUACAUCCUUCCAUAGAUCAGGACCAGGUUUUAAAGCCUUUAAAACAUGUUCCAGAUACUGCACUGUAAGCUAGUAGCACAUGAUUGAAGCAGGAAAAUUCAGUGAUCUAUGAUGUACUGAGGGAGUACCUCAGUCAGUAAAAAAUCAGUUUAACAGAUAUUUUUUUCUGACGUAAAAAUGGUAUGAAAUUCCAAUUUGUGUCUAUAGCUUUACUGAACAGAGCCACAGACAUGGUAUGUUAAUCCCUUGGAUUUUUGCACACUACAUUAGCAGAGUGAAUGAUCACAGAAAAGCCUAAAAUAUUUAUACUAGACAGUGUGUGCUGGUUCCCCACUCAGGGAUCACUGACCAGCCGUUCAUUCCAUGUGAAGUUACCAACUGCAUACUAAAGCAGGUAUCCUGAGUUUUUUCAUUUGUUCAAUUUGAGCAUCUUGAACAUGAUUUUAAUGCUCCCUGCAGUACUACUAUAUCCAACAAUGGACUAAAAUAAAACACACAGGCACAUAAACCAACAAGUUAGGAAGCUGCGACCUCUAGUGGUUAAUCUAAGCACUGCUCUACUUUGUUAUGCUUAUGAAAAGCCAGUUUUAGGAUUAGAAUUUGGUAGGUCAGGAUUCGGUAUUGUAUUGAUACUGCAAGAAUGCUCUGUCACAUUUCUAAGAUGAUGGUUCUAAUAUAUUUUGUUUUGGGGACACACUGGUGGUGCUCAGGGUUUGUUCUUGGCUCUGCAUUCAUGGAUCACUCCUGGCAUUGCUCAGGGGGACAAUGCAGGGUGCCAAGGAUGGAACCCAGGUUGGCCACAUGCAAGGAAAGCACCCUAUCCACUGUACUAUAAUUCCAGAACCGCUCAAUGGUCUAAUCUCGAGUGGAAAACUCUGAACAGCUCAGCUGAGUUUAAAAGGUGGUGAUAACAAAAUGACAGAUAUACUAUCGGGCAUUCUUUUUGUUUGUUUGUUUUUGGUUUUUGGGUCACACCCGGCGAUGCACAGGGGUUACUCCUGGCUCAUGCACUCAGGAAUUACUCCUGGCUGUGCUUGGGGACCAUAUGGGAUGCUGGGAUUUGAACCCUGGUCCGCUGAGUGCAAGGCAAAUGCCCUACCCGCUGUGCUUUGCUCCAGCCCUCGGGCAUUCUUAUAAUAGGAAGAGUUUUGGAACAUCUUGGGAGAGAAGGAACUUUGAAGACACCAAUUACCAUCUAU